UCUUUGGUGUUUAAAAGCUAUCAAAACAUAUAAAAAGAGACAACUAUCAAUUGACACGCUUGCUGAGGUAAUCUUUUGAACUCCAUUUGGAACAUCGGAAAGAAUUUUCAUUCGUUAUGAAUUGUCCUUUUUGUCACCGAUAAACCUAUUAAGAAUAUCAGCGAGUAGAAAGGUAUCGUAAAGUGACUUUGUUACCAUUGUUGCUUUUUGUUUAUUGCAAACAACUUCGACCAAUCUCACUGCGAGUUUCAACAAACACUUUAUACUGCUUAGUAAAUUUCCUAAAUCAACUUUAACAAGGCUAAAAAUAUGAGUACUUAAGCGUGCUAUGUCCUUGUACUCUACUCGUUCGGUGUAACUUCACAAAAAAGAAGCUAGGUUGUACACUUGCGGCCGAUCUAUUCACGCUGUCAUUAGAGAUACCGUUUUAGGCCCUUACUUUAAUAAAGAGAAACAAUUUUGAUUCAGCGCUUUAACAGCAACUUGAAAGGCAAGGUGUCUAAUAACAUUAAGUGUAUACAUUUUAGUCUAAACAACUAUUUCAGUCGUUUUUUUCUCAUAAACUAAUUCAAGUUUUCACGGAAAUUGUUUGAACUGAAGGGAAGAAGAUGAUGGAAUUUUCGAUAGAUCAGUCUCCGAUCGACGUGCAGACAUUGAACAUUCUUCGAGGACCCUUAACAGAGAAGGGAUCCCGAAAACCAAAAUGUGCUCGGUGCCGGAACCACGGUGUUAUAUCCUGGCUAAAGGGACAUAAACGUCAUUGUCGAUUCAGGGACUGUAGAUGUCCGAAAUGCAACCUCAUAGCAGAGAGACAGCGAGUGAUGGCGGCGCAGGUUGCUCUGAAGCGGCAACAGGCUGCUGAAGAUGCCAUAGCACUCGGGCUUAGAGCUUGCUCACCAGGAGGACAAUUUGUGAUGGCGACAGGACCUGGGGUCUACUCGGAGAAUGAAGCCAAGAGAAGAAAGUAUGAAAACGAUGAUGACGAUGAACUAGAUUACGAAGAAGAAGAAAGACGAUUAGACGAGAAAGAAAAUGGAGUCUUUGACGAAGAUGAUCACCAGUCUAGUCUGCUCCUCAGUCCUGUCAAACUUACGCACCCGUGUUCUACCUCAUCCAAGUCUCCAUACACUAAAGAAAAGUCGGUAUCAAGUCAUUCUGAGCGUGUCCCUGAAGACGUAGUACCACCUUAUCGUCCAGGCCGAUUGUCCCCUUUAGAGAUUCUGAUGAGGUUGUUUCCAGCACAAAGAAAAACAGUCCUGGAACUUGUCUUGCAAGGCUGCAAUGGUGAUCUUGUAAAAGCUAUUGAACAUUUUCUAGCGGCGACAGACACAACGACUACAUGCCAGGAAGGGACACAGCGUCACAGCAAGUUUAGCCUGCAGUCACCACUAUCUUACCCGGGUUUGCACGGCUUCCAACCAGCUACAUCUGAUGGUAAAUACGUUAAUGAACAUUUCAAAUCGGCGUUCACACCACUACCACCGUCUGGUACACCGGGUUCUAAUCUUCCGUUUGUACUGGCACCUCGAGGCCCGCAUCACCAUCCUCUUUCAACCGACACCCUAUUGGGUCGAACGUCAUUUUUCAUGCCUGGAGCUCCAGGCGAUUUGACAACUGCCGCCGCUGCAAGUAGGCUUGGUUUACCUACUUUUUACCAAACUACCUUUUCAAGCAAAUUGCCUAGUACCCCCGACGGUUACCCCCGGCUUAUUUUUGCUCCUUAUUCCUCAUGUCCACCUGAAUGUCUACAGUGCCCACGACCUGGUCGUUUGGCAACAGGUUCGCCUGACGCCUCUAAAUCCCCAUCAAAUUUAUCAGAAAAUGGGCCUGUGGUAAACAGCACGGCAGACAAGGAAUAAACAGAGACGAUCGAUACUAGUCAAAGGUGCGAUAGUACGAUUGAUGCAUACACUAUUAUCACCCUCAAAUUGCAAUUAAUGUACCAAUUGUUGAUUUGUUGUUGUAAGAUAUUAUUAUUAGAAAUAUGUAAUAAUGUGAAAUGUCAUGGCUUAUGUCACGUUUAUCCCAACACUAAACGUAUCGUAUGUCGAUAAUAACUAUAAUUAGUUUACGAUGGACUUGCAAAAUUAUGAAUUGUUUCACACAAUUUUAAUCGUUAUUGUCACUGAAAACACAAUUUGUGCGACGUCUUUAUUUUUAGGUAUAUAUUACCGGUUUGUAUUUUUGGAUGAAUGGACAUGAAUGUAAGCAAUACUUCCAAUUGAUACUUAUUGGUAGUUAAGAUAUAACAGGCUAAACAUUCAUAAUAGUAAAACAAUUAAAUAACUUUUCAUAUAUUUUUUUUAUAUUAUUUAUGACACUUCAUCGCAAUUCAGAGUUUGUUGUUAAUCUUCUUUGCCAUAUAAAUAUGAUAGUAACUUUGGUGUGGAGAUACACCUUCACUGGUGGUAAAUAAAGAUAAUACAUUUUUUUAGAAAAACAUAUCCCGGGUGAGAUGUGAAGACCUUCCAAUCGUAACCGAUACUCUACCAACUGAAAUAUGAGGCUAAGUGGUAUAUACCUUUGAAUUUUCCCCAUUCGGAAACGUGUGUUUGUGGGGAGGGGUGG